CCCGUGGGGUGAUAUAUUAUCUGGUUGUGAAGCUCACAUAACGGGUCUUUCCAUCUUCUCGAGAUUGUCCAAGAGUUGCUGUUUCUAUCAUGAUGUUUUGGCUAUUACUAGGCUUGGCUCUGGUUAAUACAGCCUUGGCCAAAGUGAGCACAAACUUCGAUGACUGCCGUGGCCACUUCUAUGCCAGUACUCCUCCACAAGGAUUCGAGAACGUUUUCAAUCAGAACGGUGUCAUCACACACCUCUGCCUGAUGCUAGAAAACCAAAAUAACCCUUUCUAUGCCUCGCUGUACCAUAAGGAGUUACGAUAUCCUCUAUACGCUGCCUAUAUUCUAGACAUAAGACCCGAUGACCCAAAAAGCUCUUCAAAGACAUUUCGCCUGGAACCGCAGUUGGUGGAUCCCAGCCUUCCUGAUCACAUGAUGUCCCAGCCAGAGUUACAAACAAGCAUCAGAAAAAAGCGUCUGCCUGGCCAACCUGCUGAUCUGAUCAAGCAAGUUCAAGCCAUAAAUUCAGACUAUUCUAACCCAGAUUACCAUAAGGGUCACUUGAACCCAAACGCAGAUCACCCCGCUGGGCCAGGACAAGAAGCCACUUACACCCUCGCCAACGUGGCUCCCAUGUAUGGGAGCCUGAACUGUGGACAAUGGAGGACCAAUGAAGAGCGAGUGAGGAACAUAGCCAAAAAGUGUGCAAAAAUGUAUGUAGUUACUGGAGUGGUGCCCGGAAGUGAGUGGAUCCCAGUAAAAGGGGUGCAGCAACGGGUCAACAUUCCCAGCCACAUCUGGAGCGCGUUCUGCUGUCUGGGCAACAACAAUCAGCCAAUCGCAGCAGAGGGAUCCCUGGUAGUAAACAAUGCCAGCGGCGUUCCAACUAGGCACAGUAUUUCCAACCUGCAGACAGAGCUCUUUAAUCUGCUUCAUGUCAGUGUUACCUUGUUUAAUAAUAGCUGCUCAUAGGAUGUGUGGGACGCUGUGUAAUAAAUGAGGUGGUGACAUCCACCAAGCA